AUUCAAUCAUAAUUCUGUUUAUUGCAACCUAGACUUCCAUUUCAGUCGGGCAGAAUUGCUUUGCUCUUCAACUUUCACAUCAAUUGAAUCAACCACUGCAGCGCAAGGAUGUUGAUAGGAAGGGAGAAAGCCAAAUUUUGCUUCAAACUUUGUUUCAAGCUGAUUGUAUGUUGCGUGACUUUCGUCGAAAUUCUAUCAGCUGGGAUUGUAUCGAAGGGAGCUAUUUUCUUUAUGAUUUCGUCCAUGAGCAGAGAACUGACGGAACAGUCUUCAGAUGGACAACACUACGGUUCCGAUACUUAUCAACACGUUGAACGAUUCGCUUGUUGGAUGUGGAGCCUUUUCUUCAGUUUCGCAGUUCCUGAAUUAUUCAGUUUCCUGCAUUCGCUGCACGUUUGUCUUUUUCGCUGGGAUUAUUGGAAGCGACGUCGUUUUGCCGACUUCAUGACUGUGUUUCUAUUUGAGACUGCACAGGCCAUAGGAAUGGCUUUGCUAUUUGGCUCCGUUUUCGCGAAUCUCUCAGUGGUACACGGUAUUAUGAUCACCAAUUGCUUCUAUCUUGUUCCUGCCCUAUUCAGCUUCCUGUCGCGACAACGAGACGAACCGAAGCGAGUGGCUAAAAUGACGAUGGAUGGAUUUGCAUUUUUUGCCCAGUUGAGUGGAUGUUUGCAUUUGACCUUUAUUCGAGGCACCACGACCCUAUUGAGUAAUAGCGACGAUUUCAGUUUCAUUCAACGUCAGCGGAUGUUGGACUGGACACUACCUGUAUCCCUGGUUCUCAUUUCUCUUGGAUGGUGGGAAAAUUACGUCGACAAAGACGCACCUGCCGGUUUUGUUAAGGUCUUGGGUGGAAUUAAGGAAAACAUGAAGAAGACACGACCCUUUAUUCAGAUAUUUUUAAGCGCCUGGAAAUUAUUGGUAUUCCUCGGCACGAUGCUUAUGUUAGCGGACGUGAUGUUCAUGACGCAGCAAGGACAUGCGUCUGGUGCUGGCUUUGAUCUCUUCGUUUCGUCUAUCAAGAAUGGCUUCAUCCAAUUCGGGAACAGUUCAACUUCAUUGGAAUGGACUUCUCCGUUUUACGUUUUUGUUAUCCAAUCAAGUGCUUCUUUAAUCUUCUAUUGCUUAGGCAUUUUUGCCUGUAAAAUUGGAGUUCAGCGUUCCUGCUUUGCCCUGCCGGUGGUCCUGGUUACCCCUAGUUUCAUUUGCAUGUGGGCUGUGAUGCAAUUUGAUUUAUUCAAUUUGUGUCAUGACUGCCUAACGAUUGGAACGCAAUACUUUACCCAUGACAAUAACGAAAUGUCAAUCAUUUUGCUUAGUCUGACGUUCGUUUGGUUUCUCUCGCAAAUAUGUAUCACACUUCACAUUUGGAAGCCUUGCAACACAUCUAAUGAAAUGGAAACAAUCGAUACCAAAUGGUACAAUUCGUUUGUAAUUGACCAGUCAAUGAGUUUAAGUCCCCCUUACAAACCGAGCACUGUAGUUGAAGGAACAGGUGGCCCAGCAAAAAACAUAAUAACGCGCCUAUUUGGUGUUGUGACAAUGUGGCACGAAUCGACAGAAGAAAUUCAGACCAUCCUCAAGUCCAUCUUCCUAAUGGAUAAAGACCAAUGCGAACGACGUGUUACGUCUGACUACAACACAGUUAUCGACCCACAUCUCUACCAUUACGAGACGCACAUCUUUUUCGAUGAUGCCUUUGAAUGGAAUUCAAAAAAUGGCAUAACAUCGAGGGUCGUCAACCAGUUCGUAAAUGACUUCAUCGCAACGUUUGACAGAGCAAUCGUUCAGUGGACAAAUUCCAGCAGCACUCAACCACCAACUAUUUCUCCUACUCCUUAUGGCGGCUGUAUGGUGUGGAUCCUUCCAGGAAACACAAAAAUGGCUGUUCAUUUGAAAGACAAAACGAAAAUUCGUGUCAAGAAGCGAUGGAGUCAACUUAUGUACAUUGACUACCUAAUCCGUUACGAAAUGGCGGAUUGCUUGGAUAUGGCGAAUGUCUUCUUACUAUCAUUAGACGGAGAUAUGGACUUUCAGCCAAAAGCUGUUCACACACUAGUGGAUCUGAUGAAUUCCCAAAAAGAUAUUGGCAUCGUUUGCAAUCGCUCUCAUCCCACCGGAUCCGCAGGAGCUAUGGUUUGGUAUCAAAUGUUAGAGUAUGCAAUCGGUUUCUGGUUGCUUAAACCCAGUGAGGAUCUCCUUGGUAGUGUACUUGGCGCUGCUGGCUGCUUCUCACUCAUCCGUGGUAGCGUUCUCCUUGACGAAGAAGUCAUGAACAAAUUCGCUGCUAUUUCAUGGAAGGGACGCCAUAUGAUCCAAAGAGACCAAGGUGAAGAUCGAUGGCUGUGUACUUUACUCAUCAAACGUGGAUACAGAGUCGCCUACUCCGCAAAUAGUUAUGCCUACACUCAUUGCCCGGAGACAUUUGAAGAGUUUUAUAAUCAACGUCGGCGAUGGGCAUUAUCUUUAAUUGCAAAUACGAUAGAUGUGCUUUGGAAUUGCAGACAGAUUCUUAAAAUGAAUCCAACUAUUUCGUGGCUUUACAUCGUUUUCCAAGCUGUGUUAUUAACAAUGGGGCUCUUGUGUCCCGGAUCGAUUUUUCUCGCCCUGGUUAACACCUCUGCAACUGCUUUCCAUCUCAAUCCAUGGAUUAGUCUCGGUGUUCAUUCAGUUCUUAUUUUUAUUUUUAUUGUUAUCUGUUUCUUGGCCUCAACUCGCGUGCAGUUGGUGAUGGCAAAAUGUCUCUCAGCUUUAUACGGCCUAAUAUUAGGUAUUGUGGUGAUGAACUUAGUUGUUUCAGCGACUGGUAAUUAUGGUGUUGGAACGUCGGUGUCCUUGCAUAAUUUAUUCUUCCUUUUCCUGGUGAGCUGCAUCUUCCUGGCAGGCUGCUUUCACCCGAGCGAAAGUCUUUGCCUUUUAGCAGGUCCCAUUUACCUGUUGUUAACACCUUCGAUGAGCAUGUUACUUUUGUUCUACGCGAUUAUAAACAUGAACAUUGUCUCAUGGGGAACCCGAGAUUCUUCUGAAACGGCGACACCUUUAAAAACGGAAAUUAUUACAAAGGGUAUGAAAAAUAACUUCAAUAUCCUGAAGCAUCACAGCGAAAUAAUUGUCGGUUCUGUAAUGGACCCACAGAUUUUAUGUGAUAAUGGUCAAACUUCAACCACCACAGAUUGCCAACCGGGGCAAGUACGACAUUAUUCACAGGAAGGUUCCGUUACGUCAGUUCUGGAAAUAAGCGAUAAAAAUUGCUGCAGAACAGAAGUCUCCUUAAAUUGGAAUUUGGAGACCGACGAGAAAUUGUCGAAACAAAUACGAAACGUGAAAUGUUUGUCGGAUGAAGAGAAUAGCUAUUGGAACAAUUUAAUUGCACAAAAGUUAUUUCCUAUUGCGGACAGCAGCCAAGAACACAAGGAACGAAUCUCAAUUGACUUGAUUCGACUACGCAACUUGUCCUUCACGUUCUUCAUCUUGUUCAAUUCGCUUUUCGUUGCAUUGAUGUUCGGAAUGCAUGUGAACAGCAACGCCUUAGUGUCGCAAGAGCUAAACAACAUAAAUAAUUCAAGUGAUAGCAAUACAUUCGAGUUGGCUAAACGUAAUGAAGGUUGGCUGCAGCAGACAAAUCCAGUUCAAAUUAUUCUGGUUUCUUUAGCCGGAUUGAUGCUCGUCAUUCAAUUAAUUGCCCUUUUGAUUUCCAGAAUGAACAACCUAAUCCGAAUAUUGUCAUCUGUACAGUUCAGUUUCUUCUGUUGGAGUCCGGCCAGUACGAAAAAGCCAAUCGUUUUGACUCAUUUCAACUCGAUCAAUAAUCAAAAGAAGAAAUAGUCUGCUACAAGUCACAGAUAUUUGUGCGAAGUUAACACAAUCGCUUAGUUCUACAUAUUUCUUGGGUUUUUGUUGGG